AAAAAAACCACAGUAGUAGCCGACUGAAGAUCGUUUUCUAGACAGAGAAAGUAGAGAGAGAGAGGAAGAAUGGGGAGGAGCUCGGUAAUUCGUCCGUGGAUGCUACGCCAUCUCCUUCGCAGCAGGCCAGGUAUUACUCCAUUAUCUUCUCUCAGAGAAACCCCAAUUUCAUCUGCGAACAAAGUUUCAAACUCUUCUCUAAGUACUUCGAGAGCAUUGUUCAAUUUCACUAUCGCCCCAAUAACCACCGCAACAUUUCUUCUUCCGGAGCAUUUCAACCUUUGCCGAAACUUUUGCUCGUCAUCCUCAGUUCCAGGUCCAUCAAAUAUGGUGGUGAUUGAAUCUGAAGAGGAAUUCAAUAGUUCACUUCGCAAAGUUCAAGAUGAAUCUUUGUCAGCAAUAUUCUACUACACUGCAUCAUGGUGUGGGCCGUGUAGGUUGUUAGCUCCUAUCCUUAAAGAGGAGAGUGAGGACUACCCUCAUGUCACCACAUAUAAAGUUGACAUUGAUAAGGAGGGGCUUCAAAGCAUAUUGAACAAAUUUAGUAUUCACUCUGUGCCUACACUCCACUUUUUCCAUGAUGGGAAAAAGGCUGAUGAAGUAAUCGGUGCUGAUGUUGAACUCUUGAGACAGAAGAUGAAAGAACUCUACCAUGAGGAUUACGAGUAAUCCUCAUCCUUGCAUGUAUGCCUGCAAAAUUAGUAAUUACAGCACAUCCAUGGGUUCUUUCUUCAAACGAAGACCAUUAUAUAGAAUCAGGUUUUCAAUUAGGUUAUCAUGGAUCUGGUAUAAAUCCAAGCCCUUUCUAAAUCCAACCCUUCUUUGUUAGUUCUACAACCGCUAAUAUAUUUGUUUUGAUUUCUUUCCUUUCUAUACUUUGGGAUACAUAUUUAUGGAUUUUUUUUGUUUAGUGGUACAUUGCACAAAGAUUGUGCAUCUCUCAUAUGAAGGCAUUGUGGUGAUGAGAUUCCGAUGGUUGCUUGCCUUCAUAUUGAAUACUAAAUUGUGUGCUUGUGAGGA